ACGUGUUUAAAAUGCUCGGCAGCAGCCUCGCGCAGUUCGGCUGCGUACAAGAAUCAUUAUUUUUAGCGCCUGGCUCGUGUUGCAGUGUCGGGGUCGCGACAAGCUCUUUUUCGCCAUCUCCUUGCCGCUGUUUGAGCAGGACUCGUGGGGAGCACAAGAGAGCUACCCGACGGACUGACUGGUGCGUGAAGUUGCGGGGUGUAACGUUAGACGAUAGAAAGCGAGGAGGAGGAUAACGGACUGACAGAGCGGGGAGGGGAGCACCACCAACUCAUCUUUCCACAUAUCACUAUCUGGUCCUAGUCAAACGGCCUGCCCGGAGAUGGCUAGCCCCGCAGCAGGUCGAGGUGUCCCGAAUGCUUCGCCGCAGGACGAGCCGGAACAUUCGGUGCCGAACCAUCCAGAACCAGCCUGUCUGGAGGCACAGAAAUGGAUAGAGGCUGUAACUGGGAAGAGCUUUGGAGACAAGGACUUCCGCAGUGGAUUGGAGAAUGGCAUCCUGUUAUGCGAGCUGCUGAGUGCAAUCAGACCAGGGCUGGUCAAGAAGAUCAACAGACUGCCCACCCCCAUCGCCGGGCUGGACAACCUGUCAGUCUUCCUGCGGGGCUGUGAGGAGUUGGGCCUGAAGGGCUCCCAGCUGUUUGACCCUGGAGACUUGCAAGACACUUCCAUACGAGCUAACCUAAAGGACUCUGACUGCAACCGCAAACUCAAAGAUGUGCUGAACACAGUGUUCUGGCUUGGGAAGGCUGCCAGUGGCUGCGCAUCCUACAGCGGCCCUACUCUCAACCUCAAGGAGUUUGAAGGGCUUCUUGCUCAAAUGAAGUUGGAGAGUGACGAAGGAGGCGACAGUUCACAGAAGCGCAGCGUUAGAGACAGCGGCUACGACUGCUGGGACUCUGAGAGGAGUGAUUCACUCUCUCCACCCCGACACACUCGCGACAACUCCCUAGACAGUCUGGACUCUUUUGGCUCCCGCUCACAGCACAGCCCUUCUCCUGAUGUGGUGAAUCGAGGACACAGUGAUGGGCGAGGCAGCGACUCGGAGGCUGAUGCCCCCAGCAGGAGGCCAGAUGUGCGGAAGGAUGACAUGUUGGCCAGACGGACAGCCAGCAGUGAAUCAAGAAACUUUAUUCCCUUUAACCAGUUUCUUCCCAACCGAACCAAUGCCAGCUCCUACAUCCCGACACCACGGCGAAAACCACAUACAGAGGAAGAAGAGCAGCGGAGUCACCCUCAAUCCAUUCCAGAGCAGUCCAAAAGAACUGGACCACACCACAAAACUCCUAAAACUGUCACUUGGGCAACUGAGAACAAUGGGGAAAAACUAAAACGGGAAGAGGAGAAUGUGACUCAGGGAGUGUUGGAGCAGAAGAGGCUGCUGAUGUUGGAGAAGGCAGGGAUUAAAGUUCUGCCUGCUGUUGUCCGCUACAGCAGCCCUCCCACAAUGGUUGAACAGGAAGUGAGGUCCCCGUCGCCGAACAUUAUCCUCCGCUGCGAUAAUGACUUUUUGAGCUCUCACAAAUCUGUGUGGGACUCCUCCCCUGAUGUGGAAGAGGAGGCAGAGGUGCAGAAAGUCCCAGAUGUUCGUAGAGACGACCUGGCAUCCAGACGAGCUCAUCGUGGCUCCGUUGCUCCCAAGGUCCAUCAGUUUGUCCCUCCACCUGAAUGUAGCAACAAAGACAGGGAGCGCUGGGAAGGGAUUAGACGAGCCUCGCAGCAAACACUGCAGGAGAAGGAGAUCAGUCGGAAGGAAGCGGUUCCUGACAUCAUUACACGCAGAGACAACCCCUUCCUUAACUCUGCCUCUCGCCUCAAGGAAGAGGAGGAUGGAGAGGAAGAGGGAGAAGAGGGAGAGGUUAAGGCGACACCUAAUAAACAGAAGGAUGACCUGGCUCGUAGACGGGCUCAGAGUAAGCCCCUCCCUCAUAGGGACGGACCAAUAAGCUUUGUUUCUGCCUCCAUGAGCCAGGCUGAUAUGCAGAAGUGGGAGAGACUCAAGAUGACUGAACCCAGUGAGGCUAGCCCGUCCCCUGUGUGUCAGGCUUGUCUGGAGAAAAAUUAUGGAAGUCCUUUCAGCAGAUCAGCAAAGGCUGGAAGAGGUCACAGCAAAGUUGUGACCUUUGGGGGCGUGACUGAGAUCGAGCAGCCAGUAGACCCAGUCACUUCAAGUGAAGGGGAGGAGACAGAGUUGCUAAGACGACUCCUUUCCAAGGCAACUGUAGCCAUGCCUACCAUUGGCCUGGGGUCCCUGCUUUCAGAGCGGGAACGCAGCCAGGUAAAUGGACCUAACGUCAAUCAAUCCAUCGCUCCCUCCGCUGACCUACCACCCUGCACCCCUGAAACCCCUCUAACUCCUGCAGAGCUGGAUGCUUGUCUGGCUCAGUAUAAACGAAGAGCAGAGGAGGAGGAGGAGGAGGAGGAGGAGGAGGAAGUGGAGAGGAUCCCAGAUCUCCAGAAAGAUGACAUGUUGGCAAGGAGGACAGGAGUUUUCCAUAAACAAAGCACUUCUACAGUGACUUACAACAGUUUCCUGCCUCUUCCCAGCACUAAGCGCUACACACAAGAGGAGGUCACAACUGAUGCUGCUCCGAGGAACAAAAGGAAAGUGCAGGCGGACAGGAGCGAACAGCCGAACGUCAGGAGUUUCUCUCAUAGAGUGGAGCAACAGCAACCCAGACCUCCGAUGGAAAAACCUCAGCUACACCCUGGCAAGACUGUAAUCCGAGCAACGUCCUACAGCGAAUGUGAAUAUGAAGAGCAGGACGAUGAGUAUGAUGAGAAUGAGAUAUUGCCUGACCUGGAGAAGGAUGAUAUGAUGGCUCGAAGGACCGGUUCAUUCCAAAAACCGAGUGCAGUCAGAACAAACCAGGCCAUCAGUCAGUUCCUGCCAGUACCUGGAUCGGUUAAAUAUAACGUUGCCCCAGUGUCUGCAAUGAAGGUUCUACACAGAAAGCCUAAACUCACAGAGAAGAUGGCUAGUGAAAGCAGCAUGGAUACCGUGGCAGCAGAACCUCAGGCCCUGCUCUCCAAAGCACCAAACCUCUCUCAGUGUGCAGAGCUGAGGGAGAGGCAGGAGGAGGAUGGAAAGGAAGGAGACAUGACAAUCUCUGUCACUGAUGUGUCUGAGCCCCUCUCCUCUCCAUCACUCACCCCUCCACCCAGUUCUGCUGCUGCCCAGACUCGUAAAGUGGAGACAGAGCUGGAAAAGCAGUGUGUGGAGGAAAGAGUUGAGAAAAAGUUAGAGGAGAGAAAGAGAGACGUGAACGAGCAACCACAAAAGAAACCCUUCUGGCUGGGUGACGAUGAUCUACCUCCCAUCAUGAUGAGCCGGCGAGUUGCUUUUAUGUCUAAGGACACUGAGAGUGUGAGCAUGGGUGACAUGCUUAACGAGGAAGAGGUCGGGCACUUACAACCCCUGAGCCAAUCACGAAAUGAGCGCAUGCACGAGCAGUACAACAACUUUCAGGAAGAUGAUGACCACUGGCAAAACGAAUUGGCUCGUUGGAAGAAUCGGCGUCGCAGCACGUCCCAGGAACUGAUCAAGAAAGAGGAAGAGAGGAAGAGGAUGGAGAAAAGGAUGAAGGAGGAGGGAAGUGACUGCAAUAAGAGGAAAAGCAUUAAGACCUACAAAGAGAUCGUGGAGGAGAAGGAGCGUAGAGAGGCAGAUUUGUGUGACGCCUACAGGAAUGCAGCGACUCCAGAGGAAGCCGCCAUGGUUUUACAGCGUUACGCUCUUCGCUUUACCAUCAGUGAUGCAACACUGGACAGCCUAAAACUGCCCAGAUCCACGGCAAAUCCCAAACAGAACCUCAAUAAGGUGGAUACGGAGCACAAAACGACUUCACCUGUAAAUGAAACAUCAGAACCUCUCCACAAACCAGAACCAUGUGUUAUAAAAGACAAGUGGCACACAGAGCCUGAAGAGAUGGAGACAAAAACAGCUGCUCUACACGAGACAUCCGUUUCUGUCCCCUCCACCUCCCCAACACCUGGCAACACUCUCAGCCCGAUCACAAACUCAGACCAUGUGCCACCUCAGUCACUAGAACUGAAUGAACCUCAAUCCAAACUGACAGAGUCUCAAACCAAACAACAAAAACAACCGAUUACAGGAGAUGCAAAGCCUCAAGCCAAACACACGCCACCUCAUAUUGCACAGGUGCAGCCUCAUAUGACACAGCCUGUACAAACACUCCCCUCAUGUACAUCUGUAUCUCCCAGACCCGUCCCCCUGCUGGCAGCCAAGCCCUACUGCCAGCCCAGGAACACACUGUCUGGACAUAAACCUGUCAAGAUGGACGGGUUGGUGCGAGUAAAUGGAGAGGUGACAGAAGAUGUAUCUGUUUCUACUCCACCUACAUCUACUCAACACUUGCCACCAGCGUUCAAAGAAGUUUCCUCCAAACAGACGGAGAAAGAAGUUCCCUCCAAACAGACGGAGAAAGAAGUUCCCUCCGAACAGAUGGAGAAAGAAGUUCUCUCCAAACAGAUGGAGAAAGAAGUUCCCUCCAAACAGAUGGAGAAAGAUGCUCCCUCCAAACAGCUGGAGAAAGAAGUUCCCUCUGUAAAGAUGGAGAAAGAUAUUCCCUCCGUACAGCUGGAGAAAGAAGUUCCCUCCGUACAGAUGGAGAAAGAAGUUCCCUCCGUACAAACGGAGAGAAAUGUUCCCUCCGAGCAGAUGGAGAAAGACAUUCCCUCCAUACAGAGAGAUAAAGAUGUUUCCUCCAAGUCUAAUGCGACAAAUCAGGAGACGGUAGAGCAGGCACCAUCUCCAAAGAAAGAAAGAUUGACCACGUCUUUAGGCUCUGCCAUCAGCUCCCUGAUUGGAGGUCGAAACUGUACCAUUACUACAACUAUUGUGACAGAGCUCACACAUGUGGAGCCACAUCACCCGGAUAUCCAAAGCAAUGAACAGAUUAGUGGUACUUCUGGGUUAUCUGGGAGUCCAGUGGGCGGGGGAAAGACUCAGCCAGCUACAUCACCAAACAGCAUGCAAGAAUAUUCUCCCACUGUCACAGAGGGACUUGAGGAGAGCAGUGUUACUAUUGAGACUCCCAUGUUGAACUUGGCUAAACGUGUUAAUCACUGGGUCUGGGACCCCAAUGAGGAACGUAAACGACUGGAAAGUUGGCAACGGGAGCAGGAGCGCCUCCUACAGGAGCAAUACCAGAAAGAACAGGAGAAGCUGAAGAAUGAGUGGGAGAAAGCACAGCUGGAAGUGCAGGAGGAGGAGAGAAAACACAAUGAAGAGGAGAGAAGAAUCCUAGAGGAGACUGUAACACCCUUAAAUCCCACUGGCUUGUUACACCAGCAUUCAGUUCAGACAGGGACGACUUCAUCAGCUCCAGAAAACAAUGAGACAGAAAGAGGAAAUAUUCCUCUACAGCAAAGCGGCCAAAAAAGGGAAAGGAACGAGGAUCAACAUGCAUCUAAGCUGCAUUUUUUCCAGGAUUCUGCAUGUGAUGGUGAACAUUCAAAGGAACAGGGAGUGUGGAAGACAGCCUCUCUGGACCGCAACCCUCAGUUAAACCAGCCACAUAUUGUUAAAAGGUCUGAGUCCCAUGAUGCUGUAACAGGCAUACAGCAGCCCUCCCCUGCUCCACCUCAGCCUCCCUCACCCAGCAGGUGUGUUAGUGGGAAGAGACUAUGUUCUGGUUGUUCUCAACCACUGGGAAAAGGAGCUGCCAUGAUCAUCGAUACACUGGGACUUUUCUUCCACAUACAGUGUUUCAAGUGUGGAGUGUGUGAUGGGCAGCUAGGUGACGCCUCUGCAGGGACUGAUGUACGGAUUCGUAAUGGACUGCUGAGCUGUCAUGAGUGCUAUAUUGCAUCUCGGGGCAGAGGUCAGCCCACCACACUAUGAUGACCUCCUCUGUCUUUGUCAGUGACUGGAUGGAGAAGAAUUUGUCACUCCGUCACUCACAUUCUGGAAAACUCUUGGAAUCAUUGUCCUUUUCCUGAAAUGCUCAAACUGCUUUAUGGAUGCUACUUUGAGUAAAAAGUGGACUGACCUGGACUGAGUGACAAAACAACACAUGCACAUGCAAUACAGUGUGUGUGCUUAUUAUACACUUUAAGAUUUUAAUUAUGUGUAGCAUGGAUGUAAUUAAUAAAAUCAGUGUGUUAAGACCUUUGCACAACCAUACUUAGCACAGUUAAGAUACUAGAAUAAGGAUCUGUUCUAUCACAAGCUUAACAUGUUACGCUAAAAGCUGAACCAAUACACAUCAGUCUCAAAGUCUUGAUCCAUUAACCCCUGCUUCUGCACUGAUGACUGAUGAUGGUUUGGGUUGGAUAACCUGAAGUAGCUUGACCUUUAUAAUGCCUUACUCAUCAUCAUACCUUCUCAUUCUUUUGGGGUUUUGUGUUUACUGUUUUGCAUGAAAGAAAAACAUGUAUAAGUUAUUGCUCAGAAGGAGUAGUGUGAGCUUCACGUUCGUUGUUGUCGUCUCAGCACCUAAACUUUAACUUCCCUCUUGUAUGUUGUACAUCAUCAUGAUAUUUUUCAUUUUUGGGGGGGGAUCUGGCUAACUUACGCAAGCUUUUUUCUUUAUAGUUAUUUUUACUGGAAUGAGAAUGCAUGUUAUUAAUUAUAUACUUGUUGUUUUUUGGAUUUUUAAAUAUUUUCCCUUUAAAAUGUUUUCGCCAUUGUUAUUCUCAUAGACUGACUGCAUCCAAAACAGUGCCUUAUGUAAUGAAUGCGAGCGCUAGUGUACAGCGAAGGAGUAAUUCACACUCACACAGACCUCUGGGUCUUGGCACAUGCGUGUGUGGGUAUGUGCGUCUGUGUGUGUGCGUGUGUAUGAAAUCAUACAUGUAUUGGUAUGUGUGCAAUGUGUGAGUUGACUUGAAGCACAGUUCCAUACCAGCAAAAAACAUUUUAAAUAGAUCUCCAAAUCACCUGCUGUUCCCUUACACCCCCUCCCAGGAGAUAAACCAAUGACACAAAGUGAUUUGCUGCUUUCCUGUUGAUUAUUCCCCCGUAUAAUGACAGUUUCACAAUGUCCAAAAAUCUCUCCCAUCUGCCUCUAUCACAAGUGUUGCCUCUCCAGAGUCUGAGCUGAAUGCCCUUCUCUUCUGUAUGUCAUUGCCUCUAUCUGAACACCUGAUAGCGUCUUUGUUAGAGGAAUAGAGCGCUCAGUUCAUUGUCUUUUAUAGCAAGUGUAUGUUUAUCAAUAAAAUAUUUUAAAUGGGA